AUGAAAGAUGGAGUCAGGCACUUGUAUGUGGUUCCCAGUGGCAGAACAACUGGCAGUGGGCACAAGUCAAAAUAUGAAGAAUGCCAUUUAAAUGCAAGAACACUUCUUUUUACUAAAUUGCUGCCUUUCACUGGGGAAUUUCAGUGGCAACACAAACUUUGUUACUGUGUAUUUGUCUUAGAUGGUAUAUCAGGGCAUGGUUCUAGCAAAAAAUCUCAGGAAUUGCAUUCAUCAAAAAACUGUGUUUCUUUUUCAGACACAGGAAAUGGUGAACAGCUAUAUGAAUGUCCUAUGUGCAGUCUUACCUGUACAAACAUUCAGAUUCUUGAAGAACAUGUGGAUUUACACUUAGAGGAACAUAACUUUUCAGAAGGUGGAAACAUUGGAGAUCUAGAACUGGCUCAGCAACUCCAAACUGAAGAAGAUGAACGGCAGAGAUCAGAAGAAGAGAAGCGAGAGAAUGAAGAAUUUAAAAAGCUGCAGAGACAGUAUGGCUUGGAUAAUUCUGGUGGCUUCAAGCAGCAAUUUCUAAAGAAUAUGGAAAGAGAAGUUGAUAGAGGAAGGAUGCAGCCCUUUGAAUAUCAUAAGAGAAAAGCUGACAUGCUGGAAAGUUUGGCUUCUGGUAUAGAUGAUGGCAAAACAAAGACAUCAGGAGUCAUUGAAGCAUUGUGCAAGUACUAUCAGAAUGAGAACAAAGAUGUGAGGCAUGUGUGGCUUUCAGCAGGAGUAGAUCACUUCCACUCAUCUUUGGGCGACAGAGGCUGGGGUUGUGGAUACAGGAAUUUCCAAAUGCUCCUUUCCUCACUGUUGCAAAACAGCUUCUACAAUGACUACCUGAGAGAUACUACACUAAUUCCUAGUAUCCCAAAGAUUCAGUCCAUGAUUGAAGAUGCCUGGAGAGAAGGUUUUGAUCCUCAGGGGGCAUCUCACUUCAACAACAGAUUACAUGGUUCCAAAGCAUGGAUAGGAGCAUGUGAAAUUUAUUCACUGUUAACCAGUCUCAGGAUAAAGUGCCAAAUCAUUGACUUUCACAAGCCCACUGGCCCUGUGGGUACACACCCUCGCUUGUUUGAGUGGAUUUUGCACUACUAUUCUACAGAUAAUGAAGGUGGUGCAAAGGUGGUGUGUACUUCCAAACCACCUAUUUACUUGCAACAUCAAGGUCAUAGUCGUACUGUUGUUGGAAUAGAGGAGAAGAAGAACAAAAGCUUAUGUUUACUACUGUUUGACCCAGGAUGUUCUUCCCAACAAAUGCAGAAACUGCUGAAACAAAAUGAUGGAACUGGUCUCAGACUACUUCGGAAAUUUGUGGGUAGCCUAAAAGAAAAGCAAUACCAGAUAGUGGCUGUAGAUGGGGUGCUCUCUUUGGAAGAGAAAGCUGCUCGCUGCUGUGCUUCUCAGGUCUUAACAUCAGAGAAGAUUCCUUAAAGGAUACCUUUGUAACCUGCUUCUGGAACUUGCUGGGUGCAAAACAGUAAACUGCUGGACUGUGGAGCCUAAAUCAACAAUUUUUAGACUUAAACUAUGUCUCCAUAAAUACUUGGGAGCUCUGGAGAAGCACAACACUGGAGUAAACCUGUAGGUUUUGUGUUCCUUUCAAAACUUCUGCUUCCUGAUACAAACGUACCUCUGAAGUAUUGCGGUCCUUGUCUUACUAGAAACUUUGUUAUUUUCUUAGUUGCUUAGAAUUAGCAACAUAUACUGUCUUGUAGCAAAUGUCAUCACUGUUGUUAAUGAGCAGUGGAUAAAGAUACUAUGGAGCUACUUCAUUGGAGUUCCUGGUCCACAUCUGUAAAUGUGUUUAUGCUGCCACUGUGACUGAUUAUGUGCCUCUAUUUCUUCAUGAUUCAGUUUCUUCCACCAGGGAUUUCUUUACUAGUAAACUUGUUUCCAAUUAGUUGGCUUCCCUAGAUGUAUCACUUAAACAGAUGUGCUUAGGACCAGUGUUGGCAUUGGCUAAGAGGUCUAAGAAAGCGUUUCCAAAAUAGAGUGUGUGUGCUUUAGGUGUUGUGCAAGAGAAUCUUUUGGGGUAGAGGAAGAAAAUAUUCCUUUUGUACCAUGAAUAAAUAAAAUCAAUAUAUUUUUUAAAAG